CCAGUUCACGGAUCCACCCAGUUCACGACACGCUUCAUCGUCUAAACUAGCGCUCUGUAGCAAGAUGUUUAUGCUGAAAAAAAGGCUUAUUUAAAGUCUAUUCAAAUUUCCAAAGGCAUGCUCAUGGAUCAACCACAGUUAGUUCUCAACAUUUAAACAUUUAUAAAGACAAACUUGCAACCUUCAUCACCUCAUAGACGGCCAGUGCUCGAAGUCAAUUUUGCCUUCUUUUCUCGCCAGAGCUCUUUUGAUAUCCUUUCUCCCUAACCUCAAGCAUUCAAACUGCACAGAAAUGGGUUCCCUAUUACCCACGGCGAUUCGCAUCGAUGCUUCAUUGUUGAACUGGCACCAUCUGUCAUCAACGGCAAGCUUUUUGAUACUUUCAUCGCUGCUUUUGGGGAUACUGUCACAAGUCCUGACCCGGAGACUCAAAGUACCUACGCCACUUUCCGAAGAGGUAUCCGAUAUCCUCAACAGAAAACGAUCAUACGGCGCAAACGCCAGGAAGCUACUCGACAAGUACUAUGAGCGGUUUAAGAGCAAGCCUUUCGGAAUCGACACCAUGGAUGGCGUCAAGGUCGUCUUGCCCCUUGCAAGUGUCGACGAACUCAAGAGUCACCCAGCAUUGAGUUUCAAAGCCUCGAUCGACAAUGAUGCAUUGGUCAACUAUACGGGUAUUGGAGGUGUCGACGCUUGGGGAGUACAUCAGAUUCUAGCAAAGAUGAACCCCAGCUUGGGUGCUUACGUCCCUGUCUUCCAUGGAAUGAUCCAAGAACACCUUCCAAAGUUUCUUGGGUCUCCGACAGAUUGGACACCAGUAAAACCCUAUCAGCAAUUUUUCGAGCUUGUAGCGAUUCUAUCCGCAAGAAUCAUGCAUAGCGAUGAAGCAGCCCGAAAUCCAGCAUGGACCAAUCUCUCAAUGUCGUUCGUACACACCGCAAUCGAUUAUGGCUCUGCUCUCAAGCAGUGGCCUCCUUUCCUGCGUCCAUUCGUCGCCUACUUCCUUCCGGAACGCCUAGAGAAGGAGAAACAGUGGGCUCAAGGGCGCGAAAUUGUCGCAAAGUCCAUGGCCAGAAAGAAUGCCCUGGGCGGUGCAUCUCUGGAGAACCCUCCCACGAUGCUCGACCACCUGUCUAGCGGGGAUCACGCAGAUAAGGCCGGUGACCUGGACCUACAGCUCUUGCUGCAGAUGACCCUCGCUGUGGCGAGUAUCCACACAACCUCGUCUUCCAUGGUCCAAGUUUUGUACGAUCUUGCUGCGUACCCUGAGUACACGGAAGAGCUUCGUCAGGAGGUUGUGGAGGUCUUGGAGAGUUCUGGUGGUAUUUUUACCAAGCAGUCACUUGCCGAGAUGAAGAAGUUGGACAGCUGGAUGAAGGAGAGUUUGAGAAUGAAUGCACCUGAUCUGACUACCUUCCAGCGCAUGGCCACGAAACCUGUGACUCUAAAGGACGGAACUUACAUCCCUGCCGGUACAAAGAUGGAACUACCCACCAGCGCUAUCAACUUUGACGCUUCCAUCUAUCCCGAUCCGCACAAGUUUGAUGGCAUGCGGUCGUACCGUCAACGCCAGAAGGAAGGGAUGGCACACAAGCAUUCAUUUGUCAGCGUCACUCGUACGGAGCUUGGUUGGGGUUUCGGCAGGCAUGCGUGCCCGGGCAGAUUCCUUUCCGAUGUUGAAAUCAAGCUUAUGUUUGCGGAGUUCCUCCUGAACUAUGAGAUCAAGAACUUGGAUGGACAGCCGAGGUCCAAGAACGUGGAAUUUGGCGUGAAUGUGCUCCCAGAUCCGGAACAUCAGGUUUUGAUUCGAGCACGAAAGAUCUGACAUUAUCAGGGUGCCUGAUCUGAGCAUAUAUGUAGCGACAUCAUCGGUAGCCCUAUACUUUCAUCUGUAUUAGAGCCUGACAUGCAAAUCACA